AUGGCGAUGAGAGAGCUUAUCAGAGACGGUGUCGAUGAUUGUGAUGAAGAAGAAGUAUGGGUCACUCACUAUUCAUCGAACCAUCAGAUACUUCUCGUUGGCGAAGGAGAUUUCUCCUUCUCUCACAGUUUAGCCAUUUCCUUCGGCUCUGCUUCAAAUAUCUGUGCUUCCUCUCUCGAUUCAUACGAUGAUGUGGUCAGAAAGUACAAGAAUGCAAGAUCAAACCUUGAAACUUUGAAGAGACUUGGAGCUUCUCUUUUCCAUGGAGUUGAUGCAACCAAGCUGCAUUUCCAUCCUUAUCUUCAUUUCAGAAGAUUUGACCGUAUCAUCUUCAACUUCCCGCACGCCGGUUUCCAUAGCAUAGAGUCUGAUCCCUAUCUUAUACGGAAGCAUAGGGAACUGGUGUUUGGGUUUUUCCGUGGUGCAAGCCAUAUGCUAAGAGCUGAUGGACAAGUACAUGUCUCUCACAAGAACAAAGAACCUUUUUGCCAGUGGAAUCUCGAGGGUCUCGCGAGCAGAUGUUUUCUUGUGUUGGUUCAAUGUGUGCCGUUCGAGAAGAGCAAGUAUCCUGGUUAUCAGAAUAAGAGAGGAGAUGGAUCCAGAUGUGACAAACCUUUCAAAUUAGGAGAGUGCAGUACUUUCAAGUUCAGAUUAUGCCGUGUCGCUAAGGAGCUGUACGCAGAGAAACUUAUAUGGAGAGACGAGAAGGAACUAGAAUCAAAGUGUCCCCAAACUUUACCAAAUAAGCAGCCACUCUCAUUUGAUCAGUUUCAAGGUGUUAGCCAAAGACCAGUUUUGUUUGAUCUCAGUUAUCGUCCAGACUAUAACCUUAGGCAAGUCCAAGAUCCUUUGGUUCAAUCAAGACAAAUAACAUCUCCAUUGGAUCUUUCUUAUUACCAAGAACAUAGAUGUUCACAGUUCGAAGAUGUUUCUGUUCAUGCAACCGAAAGACAAGUAUCAUUUGCUCUUGAAAGAUACAAGGCUCCGUAUCAAGGCAACUUAAUACAGCAUGACAAGCUCAUGUCCACUGAAAGAAGCAAGAACGACAUUGGACGAGCUUUCCUCAUCUGUAUACUGGAGAAUCGCCAGAAAGACGCCGCUUGCUUUGUCAAGAAUUUCAAGUUCAAGCUCGUCAAGAACCAGUCUUCGAAUACUCUAACCGCGUCAAUGGAGUUUCUCAUGGAAUUUAUAACAGGGAAGUACGGACCAGCUUUCGUCAUCCAUACGAGUGACCGAUCUUCAAUGGAAACAAAGGUGACUGAAGCUUGGACUCACUAA